AUGACUACUCCUCAAUAUUAUCGUACACUUGCUUGGCUCGAAUCGUUUCUGGUUGAUAUCGAUGCAGUAGUUAUAGGUGUAUGUGAAUUUGAAUCUGUCCAACGCUUUGAUAAGGAACGUCUCGAAUCAGCAUUACAACAGUGUAUUAAUCAUCAUCCUAACCUACGAUUAAACAUCGCUACGUUCACGAAACCGUACUACUUUUUCCAGACCAAACAAUCGUGUUCGACACCUACAUACAUUGAAUUGGAAUCCAAAGAUGAAUGGCAGCGAAUUGUUGAUGAUGAAUUGAAUACUCCGUUCGAAUUUAAUAAUGAAGCAAAAGGUUUACUUAAGUUGUUUGUUCUCUAUGAUAAGGAUCCAACGAGUCGUCGGCAAUAUCUUCUCCUAAAAUAUCACCAUUCCAUUGCUGAUGGCACCUCAGGAAUGAUUCUGUUAAACACGCUGCUCUCUUGCUAUUUCAAUCGUGAUCAAAAACUAUCAACACUUUCAUCGUUAUCCGAUAGUGAAACACUGGCAUUUCCACAGGUGACAAAUGAAGAUGAAAAGAAGACUGAAGAUAUGAUUCAGACUAUCCUCGCUUACAAACGUCAGUGGAAACCCAUGAUUCCUUACGAACCGGCGACGGGUCGAAAUUUAACCAUCUAUCAUCAUGGCACUCCGGAGAACAUGGCUCAGUUACUGAAUAGAUGUCGUCAGGAAAAAGUUACUAUCGGAAGUGUACUAUUGACAUCCAUCUAUUUUGCGAUUGCAGAAUUGGUGAAAGACACAUGGCUUCACGAUGCGUCAUCAUAUUUUUCUAAUUUCAAAUUUGAUCUCGAUGUCAAUUUACGUCAUCGUUAUCCGUCUCCGCUCGAUCGUCAUGAGCAUAUCGGCCUUCAUAUUGGAAUGAUGACGCUGAACGAGAUUGUCAUCUCGCGCGAAACAAAAUUUUGGUCACUUUGUCGAGUCAUUUUUAAUGACUUGCAAAGGAAUCUGUCCGAAGGAAGACAUCUGACCUAUCUCCGUGCAAAUCGUUUGACAUCAACUGACGAGCAGAUAGAUGAACAAACUAAACGAAAUGACGGUCGUAUCAAUGACCUCAACUUCUCCAACAUCGGACCAUAUGUUUUUCAACGCGAGUAUGAAGAUCUUAAGCUGAAGCAUUAUUAUUGUGUUGGCUCGAAUCCUUGUCCGUCUGUGGGUACUAACGUUAUCUUGGUCUGUUCCGUUGAAAGUCUGGAUUACGUUUUACUGCAUGAGGCUGGUGAAAAGAAUCGCCUCAUUGCAAAAAGCUGGUUCGAUCGAAUGGUAGGAUUGACGGAUAGAGUAUGGCGACAGACUGAAAGCUGGACAUUCGAUCAUUUUUUGAAAGAAUCUACGUAA